CGCACGUUAACGAUCCACCACAACACCCCCCACCGACGCCAUCCCAUCUGCACCAAAUGACCAGCGAUGCGCAAACUCCCGUGAAACUCUCCCUCCCUCUUGAAUUUCAGCAAGACAUCUUCAAAGAACUGCGCGAGGAAGAUGAGCUCGUCCUCCUUGCGCGGGGCCUCGGCCUUCUGCGCAUAGUCACCAAUCUCCUGCACUCGUACGAUGCCGCCGGCAACAACCUCAUCCUUCUCGUCGGCGCCGACGAUCGUGAAAAUGUCUGGAUUGGCGAGGCGCUGGCCGAGCAUGCGGCCGUCAGCAUGGCACCCAAGUGCAGAGGGCUAAGCCUGGUGAAUACCGACUUGAUGACUGUGGGUGCGCGCGAGAAAAUGUACGCCCAAGGCGGUGUGUUUAGCAUCACGUCGCGGAUCCUGAUUGUGGAUUUCUUGUCUGGGUUGCUGAACCCGGAAACCGUCACAGGUAUAGUGGUGUUACAUGCUGAGAAGGUCGUCGCGACAUCGUUAGAGGCCUUCAUUCUGAGAAUCUAUCGGCAGAAGAACAAGGUGGGCUUUUUGAAGGCGUUCUCGGAUACUCCAGAACCAUUUACCUACGGAUACUCGCCUUUAUCGAACAUGAUGAAGAACCUUUUCCUGAAGAAGCCGGCGCUGUAUCCACGAUUCCAUGUUUCGGUUGCAAAGUCGUUGGAAGGACGUAAGAAGGCGGAAGUCAUUGAGCUGGAAGUGCCUAUGACAGACGCGAUGCAGGACAUCCAGAACGCGGUGCUUGAAUGCGUGGAAGCAAGUAUCAGCGAGUUGAAAAAAGCCAAUCCUGGUCUUGAGGUGGAGGACUGGACGCUGGAUAGCGCUCUCCAUAAGAACUUCGAUCAGAUUAUCAGGCGUCAAUUGGAUCCUGUCUGGCAUCGAACAACCUUCAAGACACGACAGGUUGUUCGUGACCUCUCGCUACUCCGGACAAUUCUACAUGCGCUUCUUACGUACGAUGCUGUUAACUUCAAUAAGUAUCUUGACACAGUCUUGGCAGCGUCGCAACCGCCGCCCGGUUCGACGAAACAGAAUCAAUCCCCGUGGUUGUUUCUUGAUGCAGCAGACACCAUAUUCACCACAGCCAAGCGAAGAGUAUAUGCAGGCAAGGUUUCUAAUGCAGAUCUAGCGAACAGCACUACUGCCGUACCCGAAGCUCUAGAACCCGUCCUUGAAGAAUCUCCCAAAUGGAUCCAGCUUGCUGAGAUCUUGCAGGAGAUUGAGCAAGAUGCAUAUCUCAAUCCCACACCGCAGGACUCUUCAAAUGGCUCUAUACUCAUCAUGUGUGGCGACCACGGUACCGCAGCACAGUUGCGAGAGUUCUUACAAACCAUGUACGUGAAGCCUGAGGAAGCCACCGAUGACGAUGAAGACGACAGCGAGCCGUCGGCAAGAUUCAUGAUGCGCCGCAAGCUCCGCAACUAUCUUUUCUGGAAACGCGACUUCAGCAGAGUCAGUGCUGCGCUGUUCUCUGAGAACCAAAAAGCUAUCAACACCAGCACCGAGCAACAAGCAAAGAGCGGGAUGCGUCAGUCCUCGGGCAGACCACCUCCAAACAAGCGACGACGUGUGAGAGGAGGUGGGAACGCCGCUGCGGGUCCUUCUCGACCAGAAAACGGUGCUAUGCGCACGGCGGGGGACCGAGACUCGCAUAUCGCAAGCCUCAUGGCUGAACUCCAACCCACCGAGUUCGAAGCCGCACAAAAGUCUGGCGAUGUAGGCUUCGACCCUCUCGAGAACAUGGAAGACUACUACGAACUAUUUUCGAUGGACUCUUUAGCCAUCGUGCAUCCCUAUUCAGGCGAUCUUGACGAACAUAUUCUCGAGGAAACGAAACCGCGAUAUGUUGUCAUGUACGAACCAGACGCUGCCUUUAUCCGCCGCAUAGAAGUCUACCGCUCCAGCCACACAGAUAGGACAGUCAAAGUGUUCUUUAUGUACUACGGCGGCAGUGUAGAAGAGCAACGUUAUCUUUCCGCCGUGCGCCGUGAAAAAGACGCCUUCACACGGCUUAUCAAGGAGCGCGCAAACAUGGCCUUGACGAUAAACCCAAAUGCCAACCUCGCACCUGAAGAAUCUUUCCUCCGCACAAUCAACACACGCAUAGCAGGCGGCGGUCGUCUUGCAGCAACUGCCGAGCCCCCCCGCGUAGUCGUCGAUGUGCGCGAAUUUCGCUCCUCCUUGCCCUCUCUACUUCACGGCCGCUCCAUGGUCAUAGUACCCUGCAUGCUGACAGUAGGCGAUUACGUUCUCACACCGCAGAUCUGCGUCGAGCGCAAGUCCGUACGCGAUUUAAUUGGUAGUUUCGCAAACGGGCGGUUAUUCAACCAAGUCGAGUCCAUGAUGGAGCACUACAAGCACCCCAUGCUCCUGAUCGAAUUCGACCAGAACAAAUCCUUCACCCUCGAACCGUUUACCGACUUCUCCGCCCCGUCAAACGCGUCGGGUCUCGCGGCCGCACCGGAUUUGCAGGGCAAAAUCGUUAUGCUGACGCUGGCUUUCCCGCGCUUGCGCAUCAUUUGGUCCUCGUCCCCGUACCAGACGGCUGAAAUCUUUGCCGAGCUGAAGAAGCAGCAGGAUGAGCCUGAUCCGCUGAAGGCAGUGCAGUUGGGCCUGGAUCCGAACAUGGAGGGCAACGAGAUGCGCAGCUUCAACCAGACGACGCAGGAUAUGCUGCGCGCGCUGCCGGGCGUCACGGAGCAGAUUGUUACGACACUGUGCUUGAAGGUUGAGAACGUCAUGGAACUGGCGAAUAUGAAUGAACGGGAGAUUUGCUGGCUGAUUGGGACGGAUGUGGGGAGGAGGGUGCAUCGGUUCUUCAAUAGAAGUGUGUAUGAGGACGUGCAGCUGCCUACAUUCACGUAGUAUUACGAUUACGAAAUUUGAACGAUGAAGGGUAUUGCAUGCAUUUCUCCUCUAUCUCAUGACAUCGCAAAGGUAUGGAACAGGGUGGCCGUCGUGAAC